GAGCUCAGCGGACGCUCUCCACGCACCGGAGGGCAGCAGCGCAUGCGCAAACCAGCGGGGCAGGCUGCGUGGUUAACGUCCAUUUAUGUCACAGUCAGUGACCAAAAACCAGUCACUAUCGCCAGAAUUUGGAAAGGCGGCCUCAACAUAAUAAGAUGACUUCUAGAGCCUUGUGUGUAUUAGGGAGUUAUACCCUCCAUGACUUACGUGAAUCACUGCAAACAGAAAACAGAGUAAAAAAAGAUAAUAAAGAAGUAGACGUCAACCCUCAAGUAAAAAACAAGGCUAUGGACGAUCUUGAAGACCUCACUCAGUCAUGUGAAGCAGCCUCCGAGGGUCUGGAGCUGCCUUACCCUAGUUAUAAGGAGGUUUCGCUGCUGAUAGCACAACUUAGAACAGAAUGUAAAGAUUCUGUUAGCCUAUUGAAAAUCCAGAAUGUACUUCAGUCAUAUAAAAGAUUAAUAGAAUUUAAAAUAAAUCAUUGUGAACUACUUAAAGGACAAAUGGAAAAAAUGGAAAAUAGAGUCACUGGACUACAAAAAGAGCUUUCAGAAAUAAAAGAAGUAAAAUCACAAUUAGAACAUGAAAAAAUAGAACAGGAACAAGAACUCUGCAAUGUGAGAUUUGCUUUAAAACAAGAAGAGGAAAAGAGAGAAACAGCUGAUUUGCUCUGUGAAAAGAAUAAAGAACGGUUAAACAGAAAAGAAGAACAAUAUAAUAGAGAAGUUAAAGUAAACCAACAACUUAAAAACUCCCUGAGGAUGCUAGAUAUGGAAUUAAAGACUGUAAGAGAUAAUUUGGACCAGUUGCAAGAAGCACAGGAUCGACACAAAGAAGCUGUACAGCGUGCAGAGAAGAUGGAAGAUCACCUACAAAAGCUUAAACUUGAAAAUUCCAAGUUAAAAGUUACAAUAAAAAAGCAAGCAGAAGAAAAUGAACGGCUUCAGAAAAACCUUACAAUUGCAAAUUUGCUGCAAGAAGCACAUGAUCAACACAAAGGGACUGUACGAACUGCUGAGCUUGAACUUGAAAAUUCCAAAUUAAAAGUUAUAAUAGAAAAACAAACAGUGGAAAAUCAGCAGCUUCAGAAAAACCUGUUGAGUACAAAUAUGGAGCUAUUGUCUCUGAAAACUAUAGAAAAGAAAUGUUUAAAGCUACAGAAAAGUAAAAAGAAGAUGGAACAAGAAGUAGUAACCCUCAAAUGUCACAUAGAAAAUAAUGUGGUAGAACAUGGCAGAGUACAACAAUAUAAACAGGAGAUUGAAGCAAGAGCAAGGCAAGACUUAGAAGAAAAAUUAAAACAAGUCAAUGAGUUUCUACAGACACAAGCAGAAAUAAGAAGUCAGAUGGAAGUAAAAAUCAAAUGUCUGGAAACUGAACUGUCUGAAAUGAAGGCUCAAGAAGAGUCGUAUAAAAUACAGCUGAACGUGUAUCAGGAAACCUGUCUGAAAGGGUUCGAAAUUACAAGGUCACUGUCAAAUCAACUGAAGACGGCCAAUGAGAAGCUCGAGGAGGCUGGCAGAGAACUUCUCGCGGAGAAACGGCGGAACAGACACGCACGGGAAACUCACAGUGCGAGGCCCCUGCUCGAAUUCCCUUAUGUUGGGAUUCAUAAUAGCAGUUUGGUUCUCAACCAGAGAUUUAUUCCCGGUGGAAACUUAGUGGCUCCUGCCUCAGACUCAUGGCCUUCGAAUGAGAGUAUGCAGAACCUUGAGACCAGGAUGCUGCUGAAUUUAAACCUGAAUUCUUUUGAGCCAAAAUAAGUCAAAAUAAAAAUGUCCUCAAGAUCUGCUUUUGGAAACAUCACAGAAAUAUGCAGCUAUUUUAAAGAAAAAUAUGAUCUAAAGAUAAGGUUUUAUUUAUUGGAUUGUUUAUACAAAACCUGGUUUUCUAUUAACUAUAUGCUGUGAAAAUGUUGGAAAAUAUUUUAUAUCAUAUAUACAAUAAAAAUUCUUAUAGCAUUUGAAACUCUUUCUUGGUAUCUACAACUUCUGAGCAGAUUUUGUAAAUGGAAACUGGUAUUGAGUUUUCCAUAUUUAUGCUGCCUAAAUGCUAUUUAGCACCUAAACAACCAAGUUGUAAUUAAAAGUUUAGUGGACUUAAAUAUCAGUUUAGUGGUGACUUAUUUGUAUUUUCUAAUUUUUAU